AUGAUCUCAACCUUUCGUAUCCGACUCCCUCGAAAUGGGAAAGGCCACCUGGCUUGGCCCGCACCGGCCAAGAGAGCUUGGCAAUAUCAGACAUCCAUCAACAAGCACCAAUUUGCUAGGUAUAGCCGCGUGCAAGACAUGGGUCUCGUGGAUGACUAUCACAGCUGGCAAGACGUGGACAUGAACGGCGUCCAGAUAGACCCAGCAGGUCGUUUAAAGCGCUACACCGGCUCGAGGAUGCUUUCACCCGCUCGAGUAACAAAGAAUCAGCAACCCAGGAAAUUCGGUCUCCGAUCUUCUCCUCAAAGAGUAUUGAACGAGAAGGAUGAAACAGAUCAGCGAGAUAUCCGCGUGCUGCUCGGAUACGCUUCGGACGCGUGGGCAUCGAGACCUUUGCGGGAACAUCUCUCAAAGAUAGAUAAGCUUCAACCUCCAAGGUUUGUCUGCCUGCACGGCGACCAGAUGGCUCGUGAGGAAUUACCCAUCAAAUUCCAUUUGGGGGUAUCCAUAUUCGAUACAAGAUCCGUCGAGGCUAUUCAACAGGGUAGAAAGGAUAUAGGGCAAGCCAUUAAAUCUCACCAUUAUCUGGUUCAUGACCCAAUAUUCCACCCCUUGAAUAGCAGAAAGUUCUUGUUCGGAACCCCAGAGAUGGCCACCGAUGCUCAGAUCGCAGAGAAGCUCCAGAGACUAUGUUCACCGCCCAAUAUCCUCGUGACCUACGGGCCCAAGAGGGAACACAAGGCGCUGAAAAAGAUGGGUUUAGACCUAUCUCGCAAUUACGUCUUCGACAUAUCCCACAUGGCUCAGACUAUGUCGGAUAUGCCCUACUCCAUGUCCCUGCAGUGGGUGCUAGAGAAACUACAAAUCCCGUUCAAGCCAGAGCUUCUAUACGUGGCGGGCAACGACACCCAUUUCGCACUCCAAGCCAUGCUCAUGCUGGCCGCCCUAGAUGGAGAGGAUCACCCAACUGCACGCAAAGUACCGACGUGGGUGCCGACGUUUAAAGAAAUCGCCAAAGCCAAACUCCCUGACUGGGACCCUCGGACAAAUUGGUCUACUCCGGCAUGGUUUCGCGAGCAAGAGGAACGUUUCCGUCAACGCAGAGACAUACAGCAUCGUAUUGUUAAAGAAAGAUAUCAACAGAGAAAAGGGCGACGAGAACAUGAAGAAUUGGUCCAAGAGAAUGAAGACAGAAAAAGGUAUCUUGAACGUCUAAAAGCUCGGGCUACUUAUUUGGAUAUUGUGUGUGCUGCUGUGGUCAAAAAUCGCCCAGACGAAUAG